AUGACCAUGAAUAAUUAUACUCAUACCAUAAACGAUGGUCGUGAUCAUGAGUAUUUUCGAUCUAUCUGCUUCAUCUUAAUGAUACUCAGUUUUAUUUUUCUCUUUGUUGGAGUGCUGGGAAAUGCGGCUGUCAUCUUAUACAACAUAUGUCUGAACAACGAGCGAACACUUAGCAGCUGGCUGGUAACGAAUCUUGCUAUUGCUGAUCUUUUGGUCUGCCUCACAAUCUAUCCAAAGACGAUUUCUCGAUACUUUCUAAGGGAAAUUGCAUUUGACAGCGUAUUCAACAAGUUAGACCAGUCAACUCAUUAUGUCUCCCUAUUCCUUUCAACGACACUGUUACUGUCCAUCACCGUUGAUAGAUACGUGUUUAUAGCAAAGCCUCUGCGGUACCACUACAUCGUAACAUGGAGAAGAAUUAAGGCGCUUCUCUGUGUCAUUUGGUUAACUGCCGCCGUGCAGUUUCCAAUCGUGUAUACUUACUGCGAAAGAGAAUGGCGAAGGGAGAAACGGUCAAAUACAGCAGUUGUGCCAUUUCGACUUUCAAGAAUCAUAAUUCUGUUAGUUCUCAUUGUUGUCAUAGGAAUCCUCAACUACAAAAUGUUAAAGAUCGUUCAACAACAAAAAAAAUCGAUCGCUGUAGGAAACGUGGUGAAUUCUGAACAAGAAAGGCCGGUUGAAAUUCAGCUUGAACAACCAGAUCCUGUACAAAUGCAGCAAAAACACACCCCAGCAUGGUUAUGUCAGCUCUUGAAGCAGAUUAAAGCAGUGAAAACUGUCGCUAUUAUAUUCGGAGUACUGACCAUUUGUUUUGUUCCAUAUUUUGUUGUAUUCAUCAUCAAAUCAACCUGUUAUUCGUGUUCCCUGGAUUACAAGUCGAAUCGAAUUUUAUAUCAUUUUGCUCUGGAAGUUGUUGGCAUCAACUCGAUUGCUAACGCCUUUAUUUAUGCAUUAAGACAUAGAAAGUACUUAAGAGCUCAUAAAAAAGUCCUUUCAGCUUCAUGGAAACGCGUGGCUAGAAGAUAA